UCAGGAUGGACAGAUCGUGAGAUUGCUGAAAAGCGGUUCUCAGACCUCUUUGUUCCUUUAGCUGAAAAGCAUCGUGUCAAUCCAGAAAAACCCAUUGUUCUCACCUAUGAUGGGCAUGACUCUCAUGAAACGGACAUAAUGAAGAGGGCUCCAAUCUGCAAAUGCACACUGCACACUUGGUCAACGAGCAUUAUCUGA